UUUUUUUUUUAGUAUAUAACUCAUCUUUUAUAACAUCUAUCAUGAGCAAAGCACCUACUCAAGAACAACUUGAUGAAUGGAAGGAAGCCUUUUCUUUGUAUGAUAAGAAAGGUAACAGCACAGUUUCUUCUACCAACUUGGGUGACCUUUUAAGAGGUCUUGGUCAAAACCCUACUCAAGCUGAAGUACAAGAACUCAUCAAGGACACUGCAAAAUCAAAAGGUGUACCUGAAACUCAAGAAUUUGAUAUCGACUUUGGUACCUUUUUAUCUAUUCUUACGCGUCCUGAUGGCUUCAAACCUGCAGGUUCUGCUCAAGAAUUUAUUCAGGGAUUCCAAGUUUUUGAUAAAGAAGGAGACGGAUAUAUUUCUGCUGGUGAAUUACGUUAUGUUUUGACCAACCUUGGUGAAAAAUUAAGUGAAGAAGAAGUAAAUGAACUUUUAAAGGAAGUCGAAGUUGGUAAAGAUGGUCGUAUUAACUAUGUUGACUUUGUUACUGUUGUUUUGUCGAAUUAAGUAUACCGUAUCAGGAUUGUGUUCACGCGUGAUAAUAAACACAUUUAAACAUAUUAAAAUGCAGUUUUAUUAUAUUAUUUACGAGAGCAUAAAUUAGAUAGUUUUGAAACAAUUAAAGUCAAUAUGAGACAAAAUUGAUUUAUAU